AUGGAAUGUAGGAAGCAAACUCUGCAGCGGUACCAGAAGAGUGAAGACAGCAGACUACUGUGUUCCAGCUGUGCUCAGCCCCCUCGAGUCAGGAAACUCACUCUGGAAGACUGUGUUUGGAAGUGCACCAAGAGCAAGCAAUCCUGCAGAGCAUUUAACUAUGACCACAUUAACAGGACAUGCCACUUGCUUUGGUUUGACCGUUUCACUGAAGGAGUGCAGAAGGAACGCAGUGCCAACCAAGACCUUUAUGAGAAGAAAGACUAUGUACGUGAAUGCAUUGUUGGUUUAGGUGUGAACUACAAAGGAAGAAGAUCUGUUACGAGGAAUGGAGUCUCAUGCCAGGCCUGGAAUGUAUCAGUACCACAUGAACACAGUUACAAGCCUGCCAAGCACAAGAAGUUUGACCUGCGUGAAAAUUUUUGCCGCAAUCCAGACAAAGAUGUGCAUGGACCCUGGUGCUUCACCAACUCCUCAGAGACUCGGUAUGAGCAGUGUGGACUGCCCCAGUGUUCAGAAGUGGAGUGUAUGCGGUGUAAUGGGGAGUCAUACAGAGGACCUGUGGACCACACAGAGAGUGGAAAAGAGUGUCAGAGAUGGGACUCACAGAGACCUCACAAACACAAAUAUCAGCCUCACAGGCAUUCAGAUAAGGGUCUGGAUGAUAACUACUGCCGUAAUCCCAAUAACGAUGUGCGUCCUUGGUGUUACACAAUGGACAAGAACAAGCGCUGGGAAUAUUGCAACAUCAGUGUGUGUGAUUCAGAUCAGGAGCCUGAUCAGGAUGGUACCAUUGCAUGUUUUCGAGGGCAGGGUGAGCAAUACCGUGGUUCGGUGAACGUGACCCCCAGCGGCAUCACUUGUCAGCGUUGGGACUCACAGUUUCCACACAAUCAUUCUUACACACCUCAAAACUACAAAUGCAAAGAUUUGAGAGAAAACUUCUGCAGAAACCCAGAUGGCUCUGAAAUUCCAUGGUGUUUCACCACUGAUCCGAAAGUACGCAAGGCCCUCUGCACCAACAUCCCCAGGUGUGAGACAGAGACCCCAGAAAAGACAGAAUGUUACGUGGAUAAUGGUGAGAGCUACCGAGGCAAUGUGUCAAAGACCAGAUCUGGCAUUCCUUGUGGACUCUGGUCAGACCACACAUACAGCAGAGUCACACGCUCUGAGGAGGUGGAUGCAGGGCUGCAGUUGAACUUGUGCAGAAAUCCAGACAGAGAUAAGCAUGGCCCAUGGUGCUACACCUUCAACUCUUCUAUUCCCUGGGACUACUGUGGACUAGAGCACUGUGAAAAAGCCAAACAUGUCUAUGUGCCCCAGCCAAAACCUUCUUGCUUUGUGCAUAAAACUACACGGAUUGUGGGUGGCACUCAGGUCCAGCGGGCAGAAGAUGGGAGUUGGGUGGUCAGCAUUCAUAAAGGAAACAGGCACUGGUGUGGUGGAUCUCUUAUUCGAGAGGAGUGGGUCCUUACUGACCAGGAAUGCUUCCCGUCAUGUGUUCCUGAUCUGUGGGAGUUCAGCGUACAUGUGGGUCUACUACAUCUCAACACAUCCUCACACGCGAAGGGACUCCGAAUUGCACAUAUGGUCUGCGGCCCUGAGGGCUCCAACCUGGCACUGCUUAAACUCGCCCAGCCAGCCCCUCUCUCUGAGCAUGUGAGGACAGUACAGCUUCCUGUGGCUGGAUGUGAAGUUACAGAAAACUCCCAGUGUGUCAUGUAUGGCUGGGGAGAGACAAAAGGCACAGGGCAUGAGAACAGCCUGAAAAUGGUGCGCCUUCCCAUUGUCAGCAAUGAGAAAUGCUUGCAGAUUCACAAUGGCAGUCUGCCAAUCACAGAAACCAAAGUCUGUGCUGGAGGAGAGAAGGACCAGGGUGUAUGUGAGAAAGACUAUGGUGGCCCUUUGGUAUGUCAGGAGAGAGAAAGCAAGGUCAUCAUAGGUGUCAGCAUCCAUGGCCGGGGCUGCGCCAUUGCCCGGCGCCCCGCUAUCUUCGUCAACGUGGCAUUUUACUCCACGUGGAUUCAUAAAGUCUUUAAACAUUAUUCUGACAUUGAGACGAAUUACUAA